AUGCGCGUCGCCAUCGCCGGAGCCGGGUCCUUUGCCAAGUACUUCGCUGAAGAAUUCCCCAAGGCUGGACUUGAGGUCGUUAUCUUGACUGGCUCGCAAAAGUACUUUUUUCCACAACUCGUUGAGCUGCUGAAGGACUGCGACGCCCUGGUGUCCACGAUCGCUAGCAUGAACCGAGGCCUGGCCGACAGUCAAUUGGCUCUGGUCGAAGCGUGCAAGCAGACACCCAAGUGCAAGCGCUUCAUUCCAGCGGAGUUCUGCCACAAUUCGGAGGACUACCCUGACCCCGAUCGUGUGCACCCCUACAACAAAAUGAUCAAGGACACUCUGAAGGCCCAGAGCGAUCUUGAGUGGACAGUUGCGUCCAUAGGGUGGGUCAUGGACUACAUGGUCUCAAGUACCAACCGAUACCAUCCUGACAUCGAUGGCAUGUUCCCACUCGACAUCCAGGCGAAUACGCUUACUAUUCCAGGAUCGGGCAACGGCCCCUUCGCUCUUACCAGCGUUCGUGACGUUGCUAAAGCGGUUGCUGCACUGCUGAAAAGUCCAGCCAAGUGGCGCCACCACACGUACGUACAAGGUGAAGAGACGACGUGGCUGAAGGUGGCAGAAUCGUUGACCUCUGCCAAGAAAGUGAGCGACUUGAAGAUCAUUUUUGAGGAUGUGGAGCAGCUAGAAGAGGUCGUCGGACGCAAAGACCCCGCACUUAUAGCGGUUAUGGCGGAAUUCAAGCUGUACACCCCUCAAGGCAAGCUGCGCUUUGACCAACAGAAGGUGCGACGUGAUCACCAAGAGCUUUUCCCGAACAUGCAUUUUUCCACGAUUCUCGAGUUGCUCGAGAAGACGGAGAAGAACCCCUCGGCGAUUGUAUAG